AUGAAUUCCUUUUCACCAUUAUCAAAAAUUUCAAAACCUACACCUUUGAAUCUUCUCUAAAAAUCUGCAGUGGAUGAAGAGGAGCCCAUGAUUCUCGAGAGAAGUUGUAAAGAGAUUAAAUUUAACGAACUACUUAUUGUACUUAAUUAUCAUCCAAAUACAGAAGUAACCUACAUCAAAAGAUAAGUCUUAAAAUGUAAAGGGCUCUCAAAUAUAGGAUGGCUCAAUCCUUGUAUUAACCAACAAACUGAAUAAAAUUCACAAAGGAAAAGAUCUAUUUUAAAAAGAACCGAUAAUUGA